AUGUCAGUCUUUCGACAAGGCCUUCGGUCCUCCCUCAUAAACUUUCCUCGUCCUCCACCAUGCACACAUCGUCUGGUGCAUUGCUCUCGUUUGUCACCUCUACCCAAAAUUAUCUCUCGCUCUUAUGCCUCCAAGGCGAAGUCCAAGAACCGUGACCAGUCGUCUGACGCGCCCUCAAGCAAACGAAGCCCCGUCGCGACCUCAUCCUUGGUUCCGGGCUCACAACAAGCUCUAUCUGAUCCAGAAGCGCAAGCCGAGCAUGAGCGCGCGUCUGCAAAAAUGAGCACCGCGGUGGAGUGGUUCCGCCGCGAAGCCGCACAGCUCGACGCGCGAGCGAGUGGGCGCGUCACACCGCAGCUGCUGUCGCCCGUCCGCGUCGCGUUACCCAGCGCUGAGGGCGAGGGCGUAGAGGACGUGCGGGUGCGCUUGGAGGAAGUGGCGACGGUCGGUGUGCGGGACGGUUCGAUGCUCGUCAUCACGGUGUUUGAUGUAGAUACUCUCAAACACGUGGAAGCGGCCCUUUACGAUUCCAAGCUGCCCAACAUCGUCCCUCAACGUGCCGACGAGCGUACGAUCAAGAUUCCCAUACCAAAGCCGACUGUAGACUCCCGGCUCGCGAUGUACCAUUCCGCCGCGCGGCUGGCCGAAGACACGCGCGCGCAGAUAAGAAAGCAGCAUCAAGCGAGCAUCAAGAAAGGAAAAUACGGAAAACAUUCCAUCGAGAUUGACGAGUUUCAAAAAUUGCACGACCGUUUCAUAGGUGAGGUCGACACCGUCCUGGCGCAACUCAAGAAAAGCACUGGUGCUCGGUAA